AUGGCAAGAAACAGGAACAAUAAACUGAAAGAAGUAAUGUUUUCUUUGCACUGGAUUUCACUACUAAAUUAAUGUAAACAGAAAUUUAAUCUAACUUCUAUUUUAGGAAAUUGAAUUGUUCGAAAAAGACAUGCAAUCUCAACAAAAACAACAUGGUGUUAAUUCAGAACUGGAAGUUUUGAAAGUCAGUUGAAAUUUACCUUUUACACAAUUGUAAAAUCUUUCUAUAUUCCAAGUUAACCCUUUAAGUGGCAAUGCACCACACUUUAGUAUUCACAUACACUUCGAUGGAAAGGAGGGACCGCUCGCAGCCUAUUAUUAAUGCAUGAAGAAUGCACCCAACAAUUUGUUAAAAAAUUCAUGAAUGAUUGUCGUGGGAUAGUAUAUUUUAAUCUAUUCCUUGUUGUUUCUAGGCAAAAUAUUGGGAAAUGGUAAUGAGGGAAUUGUCAACCUUGUGA